CCUGCAAAUCUAGUUCUUCACCUGCAAUUUGCCAACCAACAGGGCUACCCCCUGAAACUACUCAAAAUAAGGCCCUUCUGUGUGGUAUAGAUCCUAAAUAUUUGAUCGCUGAUGGGUUUUUAGGAGGUACAAAUAAUAACUGAGUGUCCAGGUGGUGGAAUUAGAAGGAGCACACACAGCUUCGGCUCACAAAGCAUCAUUCUGGUGUGUGGAAUCGACCGCUCUGCAGGAGGCUUGGCUCUCUCCGUGCCGCUGCUUCAGGAGUGGGAUCCAGUUUCCCUCUUGAUGCCUUCUCGCUGCCUCUGAUGCCCGCUGCGGGCGACAGGCCGGGGAGAAGCAACAGCAUUGGAGACAAUGAUCUACUCGUAAUUGCUCCCUGGGCUCGGUAUGGCAGCGUCAAAGCCACACGAUCUCUUCGUGGGGGAGAUGGGAGCAACCGGGUCUCCAAACCUCCUUACUCCUGGACCUCGGGUGGGACGCAGAGGCGGCUUGACAUGGCAGCAGGACACGGCGGGCAACUGGAUACGGCUGCUCGGAGCGGCAGCCUCUGUACGCUCAGAAGCUACCUCCAGGGGCCUUGAGGUUCGGUCUGCCAACUCCCCACCGGUCACAAACAUCAUCAGAGUUUCCCGGAAUUAUCAGCAACUGCACAGGGAAUUGCUGUUCACCCAUCGCAAAGGCCUCAGCCUUCGAUCCAAGCCAGAGCUCUUGCAGGUUCUAGAGCACAGGAACCGGCGGCGGGAGGGGAUGGAGACCAGUGUGGAGCUGUCACCUCUGGAGCAAGAGCUGCAGCGCUGGCAGCAGAGACGAGAGCAGCGCCAACAGCAGGAAGAAUCAAGCGACACUCCGGACCACCAGCCAGAGUUUGUUCGAGUCCGGGGAAACCUACGCAGGAUACAACACGCCCCCGAUGUCCCUCCGCAGCCUGCAAAACCCUCCAUGACACCCAGCUCGUUCCUGCGCCCCCAUCUAACCAAUGCCGAGUUCUCCCGGGUCCCGGCCUCCCCUUCCCCUGAGGUCCCGGAUGGUGACAGUCUUCAGCUUCGGGGCUCCACCGAAGCUUCCAGCGUUUCCUCUGCCCGCUCUCAAUGUUCUCUUGCCAACUCAUGACACCCCCUUUCCCAGCUUCGCCACAGACCCGUUACGGCUCCCUCACCUUCCCAUUUCGGGGCUGGGAAGAGAAGGUGAGGGUCAGAACGCCCCGCACCCCUUCUUCUAUCCUGCUAUGCUUCUUUGGAGGAGAACCGCUUCAAGAACAGAGGGGGGGGUACGAGGCUGACCUGGUUCGUAACACUUUCUAACCCCUCGCUGGCUUGUCAGAAAAUAAAAGUCAUGCUAACCAACCUCA